GGGAAUAGAUUUUGGUUGGGUGGUCAAUAUUCGUACCAUCCGUCCGCACUUGAAUCUGUCCUCUCCUUCCUCACAUACUUCUCCACCGUAUGAGUUUUUCUUUGAGAGAUAGCUAACAGGACUAUGACUUCUCCAAUUACCACAUUACCCUCCCCUACUCCCUCUUGUCCUUUGCCGUACGGAUCUGUCUUUGCUCCAACUGGUCCCCGUUUUCUACUCUUUUCUUUCAUUAUUAAUUAAAGCAAAUUGGAAAAGAUCUGGGUAAUUUCGUCCUUACACGAUACAAAAGAAAUCAUAUGUACGAAUCUCAAAGCCUAUAACCGUAAUUUAAACGUUCUUCCUUCUUCUUCUUCCUCACUCUCCAACCUCAAAGGCUAAAACACACACAAUCUCUUCUCCCUCCCAGUUCCAGCUUGUCCCAAACUCCCAAGCUCUAAACUUUCAGGAAAAGAAAAAGCAACAAUGAAGAAGCCUAAGCAAGAGUGCUUUGGAGGCUUCAGCUUUAACCCCUUUGAUCUGCUUUCUGAAGAGAUCAUUUUCAUGAUCCUCGACCUUCUCAACCACAACCCUCUUGACAAAAAAUCUUUCUCUUUAGUUUGUAAGUCCUUCUACGCUAUAGAAUCCAAGCACCGAAGGGCCCUCAAGCCCCUCCGCCAGGAACACCUCCCAGCAAUCCUUUGCCGCUACCCCAAUAUCACCCAUCUCGAUCUCACCCUCUGCUCUCGUGUCACCGACACCUCUCUCUCCAUUAUAUCCAAUGCAUGCGCCUCUGGUCUUCGUUCCAUUGAUUUCUCGAGAAGUCGCCUCUUUUCGACUUCAGGGUUGUUGAGUUUGGCUCUGAAUUGUAAGAACCUAACGGAGAUUGAUUUGUCCAACGGGACGGAGUUGAAAGAUUCAGCUAUGGCAGCUGUUGCUGAAGCUAAGAGUUUGGAAAAGCUGUGGUUAGCGAGGUGUAAGUCGAUUACGGAUAUGGGGGUGGGAUGUGUUGCUGUCGGAUGCAGAAAGUUGAAGUUCAUUUGCUUGAAAUGGUGCUUGGGGGUCGGUGAUUUUGGUGUUGGUUUGAUUGCUGUUAAGUGCAAGCAUAUUCGUUACUUGGAUCUCUCUUACUUGCCUAUUACAACUAAAUGUUUAUCAUCUGUCUUGAAAUUACAACAUCUAGAAGAGUUAGUUCUGGAAGGAUGCUUUGGUAUCGAUGAUGACAGCCUUGCAGUCCUCAAACAUGGAUGCAAGUCAUUAAAGAGUCUUGAUGUAUCGACCUGUCAGAAUCUCAGUUACGAUGGCUUGUCUUCCCUAAUAAGUGGUGCUGAAGGUCUGCAGCAACUCACCUUAGCCCAUGGUUCUCCUGUAACUUCUUCUCUUGCUGAUUGUUUGAAAAAGCUUUCCCUGUUGCAAUCUAUUAAAUUGGAUGGUUGUCUGAUUACCUAUGAUGGGUUGAAAACCAUUGGAAAUUGGUGUGUGUCGCUAAGGGAUCUGAGCUUAAGUAAAUGUUCAGGAGUGACAGAUGAAGGCCUCUCAUCAGUUGUAACAAAACACAAAGACUUAAGGAAGCUAGACAUUACAUGUUGCCGCAAGAUAACUGAUGUCUCUAUUGCCCAAAUCACAAAAUCAUGCAAAUCUCUGACUUCUCUCAGGAUGGAGUCAUGUACCCUGGUUUCCAGAGAUGCCUUUGUUUUGAUCGGGCAGCAGUGCCAUUUGCUUGAAGAGCUUGACCUUACAGAUAAUGAAAUUGACGAUAAAGGUCUGAAAUACAUCUCCAGAUGUUCCAAACUAUCCAACUUAAAACUAGGAAUUUGCCUUAAUGUAACAGAUGAGGGACUCAUCCAUAUCAGCAGGGGCUGCUCAAAACUUAUAGAGCUUGAUCUGUACAGGUCUGCAGAAAUAACAGAUUGCGGUAUUUUAGCAAUUGCACAAGGUUGCCUUGAUCUUGAAAUGAUUAACAUAGCCUACUGUAAAGAUAUUACUGAUUUUUCGUUGCUAUCUUUAUCCAAGUGCUCUCGGUUAAAGACACUUGAAAGUCGAGGGUGUUCUCUGAUAACAUCUUUAGGACUAACAGCCAUUGCUGUGGGAUGCAAGGAGCUUACCAAGCUAGACAUAAAGAAGUGUCAGAACAUUGAUGAUGCUGGAAUGCUUCCACUUGCUCAUUUUUCUCAAAACCUUAAACAGAUUAACUUGUCCCAUAGCUCAGUUACGGACAUAGGACUGUUAUCACUGGCCAGCAUCAGCUGCCUACAGAAUGUAACAAUCUUGCACUUAAAGGGCUUGACUACCCGUGGACUAGCAUCUGCCUUGCUGGCAUGUGGAGGAUUAACAAAAGUGAAACUUCAGGCAGCAUUCAGAUGGCUCUUACCCCACCGACUUGUUGAACAUUUGGAAGCUCGUGGUUGCAUAUUUCAGUGGAGAGAUAAAGUUCUUCAGGUGGAAUUAGAUCCUAAGUGUUGGAAAUUACAGUUGGAAGAUCCAAUGCCAUAGAUUCUGUUGAAGACCUUGUAGGUCAGGAGUUAGCAGCUAUUAUCGACAAAUGCAGCUUCUAGGCAUGGACUCGGGGAAUCAAUGAAGAUAUUGGGUUGUGGGCAAAGCAUUAGCCUUCAUGUGCUGUAUAGAUACACUUUCAGAUUCUUGAAGAUCUCUUCAGUCGAGUAAGUCAACAACUAUUGCCAACAAAUUAAAAGUUAAGCAAGGUUUCUUCAGGUGCCAAUGUUGAUGGAUUUUCAAAGUGUUGGGCUUUGAUGACGAUACAAUUGAGCUUUGUGGCUCUAUGCCUUGCAUAGUCGCAUUUACAUGGAACUUUACAUAGAACUGGAGAAUGUGUAAAUAUAUAUAUAUAUAUGUAUGUAUGUAUGUAUGUUAUUUAGUCCAAGGUUUGCUUGUUAAUGGUUAUUAGAAUCAGAUGAUAAUUUACUGAAGCUGCGUGGAGAAGAAAAGUUUCAAUUAUUUUUGCCUCUAAACUGUGAUUAUGAAAGUGUAAUUGAUGUUGUUGAUGAGGAUUUUUGCAUUACUUGGCAGAAAAAUUUGGAUUUGAACAAGCAAGGAAAAUGGAUGUCACUGCGUUUUCCUCUGGUACAGAAAUUGGACGCAAUAAUUGACUUGGUCAGGGAAAAGAUUAUACAUGUUUAGCAUUAAAUUUCAAAUUGGUUUUCAAUUGAAUGAGUCAAAUGUGAACUGCAAUCUCUAAAAAUAACAAGAAUUAACAAUUGAGAAAAGAGAAAAAAGGCAUUCCGAGGAUGAUAUUAAAAUAAUUGUAUGGCUGAUAUGUCUGUUAUGAAGCUCGAGAUGGAGAGUGAUGUAUGGCAGAUUGAGUGCAUAAGACAAACCAAAUUGUGUAGAAAAUAGCAGCAGUUUUGCCAAGACAAUGAAAGAGCGAGAGUGAUUUACAAAGAGGUUUUUCUCAUUAAAAAGGAUGAUGCAACUGUGGAUGAAUAGAAAUGUGAAGGUAAGGCAGAAGAUGCUGAGUCAUAAGAGUGGAGCUAUUGGAGGGGAAUUGUUUAUUUGAAUCAUUGGCUUCGGAAUGAAGUGGCUAAGCAUUAAUGAUAGGUGGAGGCAGAAAUGGAGUUCAGUCAAAUAUUGUAGUUAAAAUUCAUCUAUCACGCUACAUAUAAGUUUGUCUCAGUUCCUCAGUCAUAGCUAAUGGUUCAAGAUAAACUCCUUUCCCUCUUCGCUCUUCCCCUCCCCCACAAAAGAAAAAAAGAGCAUUCUUCUUUGAGAGUAACUACCAUAUAAUUCUCUUUUCAUUUUCUAUUGACUGUUUGUUGUGCUCCAAUUUGGCCAAAAGUGAAUGACUACCUUGUCUAUUGAUCAUGCAUAUCUCAAUCCACAAUCAUUCGAUUAGAAGAACUUUAAGCGACAGGAAGAAAGGCAGUCUGAGGGGAAAAAAGAGAGCUAUGAACACUGCUCUGCACCGGGAAAAAACAAACAUAUUGCUGCUCCACACAAAUGUACAAAUGAUAUAUCGCAUACAGGACAAAUGAAUGACAAAUACACAAAGAAUGAGUUAAGGUAGAUAGUGAAAAAAAAAAAAAAA